ACAGAAAAUCGGCCGAGAAUGCGAUUAAAGUGAAGAGCAAAGAGCAAAUUUAUAUAAAACUAUAUGCUGGCGACAAGUGCGAUCGCGAUCUUCCUAAUCGCGUGGAGUGCGGUAUUUCUGAUAGAUUAUGUGCUCCGAGUCGCCCAUUUCGAGCCAUAUCUCCGUCUUUCCCAUCGAUUCGGAAUCGAAGUUUCACCGUUUCAGCUUCGAUUCUACGUCACACCCGCUCCAAAAGAUACACUUUUAAGUGAAAAACCCACCGAUAUUGUUGUUGAUGAGGAGAAGAAGCGGGAUAUAUUUUUCGAAGAAUCACGUCGCCUGAAAUGCCGAAUCCUCGUGAUCCGAAUGUGGUUCGCGUGCGGUGUCAUUGCUUCCAUCAUCUGUCUCUUCGGAAUGACAUUCUACAUGUCACAUUUAUUAAUCAAAGAUGUCGGACAAUGGAUGACAACGGCUCGACCAAAAGUUCAAGCUUAUCGUGGAAUGGAGUAUCGAUCGAUGCACCAUGUUCUGACUUCAUUGAGCCCCGCCGUGGCACCACCACCUGCGAAGACGACAACAGCAGCAAAUUCGGAUCAAAUUCAUAACCCGGUGAUUAUGGAGGAUACCGAAUACGAUAUGAUUGAGGAUGGGCAGAAAUCUGAAGAUCGGGGAUUAGUUCCGAUAAUUCCUGGAUUCAACCUUCCGUGGGGACAUAUUCCGAUUUUUAUGCUCGUUUUGAUAGUUGCAGCGGUUUUUCAUGAGCUCGGUCAUGCGUGGGCGGCCACAUCAAACGGUGUCACAGUCAACGGAUUCGGCAUCUUCAUCCUUGCAGUAUAUCCGGGUGCCUUCACAGACAUUGAAGCCGUCACUCUGAAACGUGCCACCACAUUCCGUAGACUUCAGAUCUUCGGCGCCGGAAUCUGGCACAAUCUCCUACUGGCUCUUCUCGCAAUGGCCAUGUUUCAUGCGUCUCCAGUCAUUCUGUCACCAGUGUUGGCGAACGGUUACGGCGUGUCCGUACGGGGUGUCGAUGUUCGUUCAGGCCUAUCCAAUCCGCGAACGGGCCUUGUCGCUGGAGACGUUGUGAAAAGUGUCGAUGAGUGUCGUGUGGAGACUGUUGCCGACUGGUGGAGGUGUAUUCGAACGUCGAAAAAUAUGAAUAACGGGAGAUGUGUUGAUCGGGAAUCUGUCGAGGCGGCUACGGCGUUUAAUCACCGCACGGAAGCCGACGAAAUUCUGUGCUGUGACGAGUUUAACGUGACCACCGCUCACGUCUGUUUCCAGCGAGAAGAGAAAGCCAGCAAGUUGUCGGUCGACACACAGACACGAGCUCCACAGCUCAAUGCUCUUCUCGGGUUAGAAGGCGGCGGCGGCGGCCGAGAUGAUGCCUUACCUUACGGUGGUGUUGCACAGCCUGAAGAGAAGAAGAUCACAAAGUAUAGCUGCCUUCAUGCGAGAUAUGUGGUUCAGCAGGCGCUCUGUAACGCCAGUGAGCCGUGUAAAACGGAGGAAACCCCAGCAGCACAUCAGGAGAAGAUCUGUGUCUAUCCGGCACUACACAAUGGAACGCGGCUUGUGAAAAUUGAGCUCGCGAAUCGAAAUAAGCCUAUUCUUUUUGUGGGGCAGCUCAAUGAGAUGCUCGAAAUGGUGUCAAUAUCGUCGUUCACUCCGCGCUUCACGUUCGCCAGCAUCUCGUGGCUCGAACAUUUUGAGCUAACCGCCAAAUACCUGUUCACACUGUCUCUGGCACUUGGCCUAUUCAAUGCAAUGCCUGUGUAUGCUCUUGAUGGGCAAUUCAUAGUUCAUACGCUAUUGAAGAGUUCCGGCUUGAGCGUUAGACGCCGUGAACUAUUCCAGUACCUGAUUCUAACAUUUGGCACCGGUGUGCUCAUCCUUAAUAUUGUCAUUGGUUUCGUCAAAUUAGCCAUAAACUAGUAUUGAAUUAUUAAAAAAAAAAUUUUUUUUUUCCCCUCUUACGUGUCGUCGUUUAUUGCUUCUUCUACCCGCCCGAUCUGUCAUUUUUAUACUGAUUUUUUCUCUCCGAUUUCCAUGUGAUAAUCUUUUUUCUUUUUGCUUCGAAAAAUCCAAAAUUGUCUUAAAUUUAGGCAUACCACAAAAGAAAAACGAAUCGAGAAAGAAUGAAAAAUCCAAGGCGAUUUUUCAAAAUCCCUCCAAAUUGAGAACUGCACGACCAAUCAGGCGGAGUGGGCGGAGUUGUCAUUUUGGAGGGAAUUUUAAAAAUAGCGUUUUCGUUGGAUUUUUCCUUCGAUUUUUUUUUUGUUUUUCUGAAUUUGAGACAAUUUUUAUGCUUUUUCCAAGCAAAAUUCCCAUUGACACUACUCCAACACUUCAAAAUUUCGAAAAAAAAAACCCAAAAAAUUGCUAAAAUCUGAAAUUUCACCAAUUUUCCUUUCUGCAGCGGUUGGAAUAUGGUUUUUAUCAAUUUUUCACCCUUUAUCGCGUUUAUCUCGUGCUAGUUCGUUGAAUUAGGUAGGCAUAGGCAGGCGCCUAGCGACCUAAAAUGUGCCUGUACCAACUAUUUAAUUCCAGAUAGGGGGGGAAAUUUUCAUAAAAGCUCUAUUUCAGUGCGUGGUGUACAAAAAAUGCGGGAGAUCAACUGAUUUCGCAAUGGUUGUUGACGUCACAUUUUUUGGGCGAAAAAUUCCCGCAUUUUUUGUAGAUCAAACCGUAAUGGGACAUCAUUUCAGAUUUUAGCGAAUUUUUGGCUAUUUUUUUCCCAAAAUUUUGAGCCCUUUCAAAUUUCUUCGCAAAAUUUCUAUUUACCACUUUGUUCCUGUAUCCCGGGUUCUUCUUCUUUACCAGAAGAUGUUUUUUUUUUGUUUUUAAAACAAUUCCUUCACUUUUAUCUGGUAGUGCACAUAGGUUUAAAGCCUCAUAAUUUGAAAUUAAUUUUGUAUUUUUUUCAAAUUUUUAUUCUUUUUCCCUACACAAUUUUGCACUGUUGAAAUGAACUACAAAUUCCUAA